AUGACAAGAGCGAAGACGAGGACUAUGUUCGUAACAUUUAUGAUAUCGACUGCUCUUCUAAGGGAUUUUUUUGUUAAGUUCCAAAAAUUUCCCGGUUCAGCUCAAGUCAAUCUUUUUCCUCCUUCGGGGGCGGCCACUUUGGAGAAAAUCCUUCUCAUGGGGGAGCCGAAGAGGUCUGGAGUCUGGCUCGAGUGCGCUGCACUCGAAGUAUCGUUCAAGAGGGAUGUGGAUCGACGGGUUGUGCAAGAGGCAAAAAAGGGGAAGGUUAUUGAAAUGGAGGCGUACCCCACUCCACGUGUCGUUGUUGCGGCGGUCGCACAGUCCAAGUCCUGGGCGUCGCGCAAGCGGCCUAGGAGGGGGCCACCAUCGCGGUCGGACGAGAGAUAUGACGAGGGAUAA